GAAACUGAAAGAAAAGUCUAUAUGCACAAUCAUGAGGCUGAACACAUUUACUCUGUUAGUUUGUAUCCUGCUUCUGGUGAUUAGUGCAAUAGGCGCAAGAAAGGGUAAAUCAAAAAAACCGAAACCAAGGCGCCUUGGAUCUCACAGGAUGAUAUUCUAUACUAAUCCAAAAAGGAAAGAUUACUAUGAUAAUGAAAAUGGUGCUAGAAUUACCAAAUCAUCUCAUUUUGACUAUGAGUUCACCUUAGGCCACAAAAUAGCAUUUAUCUGUGAAGCUAAGGGAGAUCCUCGACCACGAAUCACUUGGUACAAGGAUGAUAUAGAAAUUCACAGUCAUCCAUACCUACAGAUAACUGAAUGGCACAUAAGUGAAAAUCAGAUCAAAAGCAAACUGGAAAUCACACCAGCGAGGCAAAUGGAUUCAGGUACUUAUGACUGUGAAGCAAAUAAUAAGUACUCUGUAGACAGACGCAGUUUCAAAGCAGACUUCGGUAGCAUCAGCAAAUAAUUCUAAACCUCCUCAAUCUCAAUAAUUUAUUUCUGAAUUUUUCAGUUUGAUAGCUAUUAAUGUGAUUUCAAAUACUCUCUCUUUUCUCUAUGCACUUUCAAAACACACAGGAAAAAUGAUUACCAAUAACACACAUUAUGUAAUAAAAGUGAUGAAAAAUUUAUAUUUUAAAGCCAUAAUUAUAAAUAUAACAUGUACUGAGGUUAUAAAAAUAUUUAAAUUCAAAAUUUGCUUUUAAAAAUGAUUUAAUAUGCAAAUCAUUAACGCACAUUAGCAAUACUGGAUAUCUAAAUCAAAGAUUUAUUUCCUGAUAAAUAUACAGAAGCAAAUGCAGUGCUUAAAAUGCUAUACAGUCAAAAGUCUUUAAUCCGGACUCGUCGGGACUUCGGCGAUUCCGGAUUAUCGAUUUUUCCGGAUUAUAGAUCAUCAGUUUAAAUCUGGUAAGAUGGCAUGCAGAAAUUAUAAAAUU